UAAAAUAUAUACAAUACAUUUAAGAGUAUGACAAAUACGUAUGUAAAAAAAAUAAAAAUAAAAAAUAUCUCUAAUAUAGAUAUUUGAGUAUAGAUAACGUAAUUUAGAGGAUAUUGUUGAAGAGGAAGAAAUAUAGAAAAUAUAAUCUUUUAGAGGAGACUGUAAAGAAUGGAUAUAGAAGAUAAAUAUAGAGGAUGUUGCUGGAGACAGCCUAAAACAACCAAAAACCAACCUGCCCGCCGGCCCGCCUCUUAGAGAGUACUUUAACCGGAGACCGUAAAAAAAGAGGUGCAGGUGGAUACUCCUGCGCCAUGGCAAAUUGCAUCUGGCUUUAAUUUUCUCAAGAAUUCACAGACACUUGCUCGCUCACGGACGGUCUACGAAAGAUUGAGAGGAGCCGUCGUCGGGAAAGACACUUUAAAAAUCUGUGCUUGUAGUCAUAGAUAAACAAAAGCAAACUGCUGCUCUACAAGUAAACACUAAAGACUUGUUCGGUUUUAUAUUAUCCUAUUCAUCUUCAUCUCAAUACAAAUGAAUUGAGAUGAAACAAGAGUAUUCAAACAAGGCCAUGAGUGAAUUAGAGGGAUUUAAUCCCCUACUGUACAAAUUUAUAAGGGGGAAAUUUAAUCCUCUCAAAUCUCUUUUAAUCUACCCCUAACCGAACAAGCCUUAAGGUGAUGUUUGGUUUCUAAAGACUAAUUUCUAAUCUCUCUAUUUUAUUUUAAUUCAUAAAUUUUCAAAUACGGAGUUUUCGUAUUUAAUAGUUUAUGGACUAAAAUGAAAUAGAAUGAAAGAACUAAAAACUACUCCAUAGAAACCAAGCACCCACUAAAAAUACUCUUUUCUUCCAAAUUACAAAUUAUUAUAGCUUCUCAUUUCUAGUUAGAUAAAGCUUCUCAUACACGUCUAGAAACACAUUCUAAUGAUUCUAUCUAUAUAUAUAUAGGAAAACUUAUAUAUGUAAAAAACAUCACGACAGCGUAUUUACAGUAUACAUACAUACUUUCUUCAUCCAAAAAAGCGAUUGUAGAGAAAUUUCUUGUUAAAGCACGUUAGUUUUGGAUAAAUCUAUUUUAAAAACAGACUAAUAUUUCUUUUACUAAAUAUAUACUGCUAAAAGCAUCAUAAAAACAAUUUCAUACCAUUGUUACUUUACUUGGCGUCGUCGUACAAAUUAAUAUUUUGUACUCAUGUAUUUUUCAAAAUUAAUACAGUACAUUUUAAAUGAGAAUGUGACUAGAUAAUUGUAUUUUUAGGGACCUGACAAGAUAAGAAAAGAAAAAAAAAGUGAGUAGUAGCACCGCUGUCUGUUGCUGCUGUCCUGUCCUCUUCUCACUCUGCACGAACCACUUCAGGUCCAGGAGCAGCAGGAGUACAUAGGCUACCUGCUGUACUAGGCACCUAGCUAUUAGCAGCAGCUGCCGCGCGCGGCUACUAUAUAUCCCCAUAAACACCUUAUCCCCUCUCUACCUCUCUCCACUGCAUGCCUCGCUAUCUCCUCCUCCUCCUCAGCAGCAGCUCUGCAAUGCCAAGGGCGCCUUAGCCGAGUUCCUCCCGAGUCCAGACUGGUGGUGGCGAUAAGGUUGUCGCGAGGGGUUCCGCGCGCGGUGCUGCGCUGCCCAGAGCUCGGUUAGCUUCGGGGCGGCGGCAGCCCGGCAGCCAUGGCGCCCAAGGCGGGGAAGGCCAAGCCCAAGGCCAGGGGCGACAGGAAGAAGAAGGAGGAGAAAGUGCUGCCCACCGUGCUGGACGUCACCGUUGAGACGCCGGACUACACGCUGCUCACGCUCAAGGGCAUAUCAACGGACAGGAUCCUCGACAUCCGGAAGCUCCUGGCCGUCCACGUGGACACCUGCCACCUCACCAGCUUCUCCCUGUCCCACGAGGUCCGUGGGGGCCAGCUCAAGGACACGGUGGAGAUCGCCGCCCUCAAGCCCUGCCACCUCACCAUCGUCGAAGAGGACUACACGGAGGAGCUCGCCGUCGCGCACGUGCGUCGCCUGCUCGACAUCGUCGCCUGCACCACCGUGUUCGGGGCGAAGAAGCCCGAGCCGAAGCCCGAUGCGGCGGAUGCCGCGGCCGAGUCCGCCAAAGCCGGCUCGCCCUCGCCCGGUAAGACGGCGCCCGGCGGCGGCGAGGAGCCCAUGUACCCGCCGCCGAAGCUGGAGCAGUUCUACGAUUUCUUCACCUUCUCGCACCUCACGCCGCCGCUGCACUACAUUCGGAGGUCGUCCCGCCCAUUCGUUGAUGACAAGAGAGAAGACGACUUCUUCCAGAUCGAUGUGCGAGUUUGUAACGGGAAACCCGUGACGAUUGUGGCAUCCCAAGAAGGAUUCUACCCUGCAGGGAAGCGAGCACUCAUCAGCCGCUCCCUCGUUGGACUGUUGCAGCAGACAAGCCGUGCAUUUGAUGGAGCCUACAAGGCUCUGAUGAAGGCAUUUGUCGAGCACAACAAGUUUGGAAAUCUACCUUAUGGGUUCCGAUCAAACACAUGGGUGGCUCCCCCUGUCGUUGCCGACUCACCAUCAGUGUUCCCACCUCUCCCAACCGAAGAUGAAACCUGGGGUGGCAGUGGUGGUGGUCAAGGAAGAGACGGAAAGCACGACCAUAGACCAUGGGUGAAAGAAUUUGCCAUUCUUGCUGCAAUGCCUUGCAAAACAGCUGAGGAGAGGCAAAUCAGAGACAGAAAGGCUUUCCUACUCCACAGUUUGUUUGUGGAUGUUGCAGUCCUCAAAGCUGUUGCAUCUAUCCAGCAACUGAUUUCCAACCAUACAAGUUUACAUGAAACAGAGAAUGGCACCAUCGGUUCAGUUUUGCACACCGAGCAAGUAGGUGAUAUGAAAAUAAUGAUCACAAAGGACAAAACAGAUGCAAGCUCCAAGCUAGAUGUCAAAUUGGAUGGAAGUCAGGCUCCAGGGAUGUCUUCUGAUGAGCUUGCUCAGAGAAACUUGUUGAAAGGCAUCACUGCUGAUGAGAGUGCAACAGUACAUGAUACAGCCACUCUUGGUGUGGUUAUUGUAAAGCAUUGUGGGUAUACAGCUGUUGUCCAAGUUCCAGUAGAUACUGAACUGCCAGCUGCUUCUGUAGCACAGCAGGAGAUCCACAUUGAAGACCAGCCUGAAGGAGGUAGCAAUGCUCUUAAUGUCAACAGCUUAAGGAUGCUGCUUCAUAAGUCAUGUGCUCAAGCACCUGGAGUUCAACGGUUGCAGACUAGUGAUCCUCAAGACAAUGAGGCUACUCAAACUUUUGUCCGGAAGAUAUUAACAGACAGCCUGCAGAAGCUUGAAAAUGAGGUUCCGAUAGUAACAAGACCUAUCAGAUGGGAACUUGGUGCUUGUUGGGUACAACAUCUACAGAACCCAACUUCCGAGAAGACAGAGACUAAGAAAAGUGACGAGACUAAGGAUGUCCCUACAGUAAAGGGUCUGGGUAAACAAUUUGGUCAGUUAAAGGAGAUAAAAAAGAAGACAGAUGACAAGGGUGGAAAAGGUACAUAUGUAAAAGGAAACAAUUCACCUAAUACAGAUAAUGGGCAUACAGACAACACUGCCAGUGUAAAGGAUGAUAAGGACAUUAUUCUUCAGAGAUUGCUUCCGGAAGCAGCUUUCCAAAGACUGAAGGAAUCAGAAACUGGACUUCAUGUUAAGUCACUGGAUGAACUGAUUGAGAUGUCACAUAAAUAUUAUGAUGAUACCGCGCUACCCAAAUUGGUUGCAGACUUUGGCUCACUUGAGCUUUCCCCUGUUGAUGGAAGGACAUUAACAGAUUUUAUGCACACUAGGGGCCUCCAGAUGCGGUCACUGGGACGAGUGGUUGAGCUUUCGGAUAAGCUUCCACAUAUACAGUCCUUGUGUAUACAUGAGAUGGUAGUUCGAGCAUUUAAGCACAUAGUUCGGGCUGUUAUUGCAGCUGUUGAUGAUAUAAAUGAUAUGGCAGACUCAGUUGCGUCAUGUUUAAAUAUUUUGUUGGGACCAUUUCUGGAGGAAAACAAUGACAAAGAUUGUGGUGAGGAUCAUAAUCUCAGGAAAAGGUGGCUGGAGGUCUUUUUGAUAAAGAGAUUUGGUUGGAAGUGGAAAGAUGAAUAUUGUCUUGAUCUAAGAAAAUAUGCCAUUCUCCGUGGUCUCUGCCAUAAGGUAGGACUUGAGUUAAUAACAAAAGAUUAUGACAUGGAUAUGCCAAACCCAUUCAGAAAGUCGGAUAUUAUCAGUGUUGUUCCUAUCUACAAGCAUGUUGCAUGCUCAUCAGCUGAUGGCCGCACCCUGCUGGAGUCAUCCAAGACUUUCCUGGAUAAAGGGAAACUUGAGGAUGCUGUUAGCUACGGCACAAAAGCUCUUGCAAAACUUGUUGCUGUUUGUGGUCCUUAUCAUAGAAUGACGGCAGGAGCAUACAGCCUUCUUGCAGUAGUGCUUUAUCAUACUGGUGACUUCAACCAGGCAACCAUCUAUCAACAGAAGGCUUUAGAUAUUAAUGAGAGGGAACUUGGACUUGACCACCCAGAUACAAUGAAAAGCUAUGGAGAUCUUGCUGUUUUCUACUAUCGCCUGCAACAUACAGAACUAGCAUUAAAGUAUGUCAAUCGUGCCCUAUAUCUUUUGCACCUUACAUGUGGCCCUUCUCAUCCUAACACCGCUGCAACUUAUAUCAAUGUUGCGAUGAUGGAAGAAGGGUUGGGCAAUGUCCAUGUUGCACUCCGUUACCUGCACGAAGCUCUAAAAUGUAACCAACGGUUGCUUGGCGCUGAUCACAUACAGACUGCGGCAAGUUAUCAUGCUAUUGCUAUUGCUUUGUCUUUAAUGGAAGCGUACUCAUUGAGUGUCCAACAUGAAAAGACCACGCUAAGGAUACUUCAAGCAAAGCUUGGAUCCGAGGAUCUUCGGACCCAGGAUGCUUCUGCUUGGCUGGAAUACUUUGAAUCCAAGGCACUAGAGCAGCAGGAAGCAGCACGAAAUGGUACUCCAAAGCCUGAUGCUUCAAUAGCAAGCAGAGGACAUCUGAGUGUAUCAGAUCUUUUGGAUUAUAUCAACCCGGAUGAUGAGCUCAAGGCUAAGGAAAUGCAAAGGAAACAAGUCCGUGCUAAGAUCAAAGGUCGCACUGGGCAAAACCAAUCUGAACUUGUUGAUGAUGAAGAUCAAAGGAGUCCUGCACCUAACAAUGAUAAAAAUUUAUUAACCGAGAAUGGAAACUCUGGAGUAAAAGAGAAUGGAACCUUUGUUGAGCAUGUGAAAGAUGAAAUAUCAAGUGACACUGCAAUCCACAUACCUCAAGAUGGUUUUACUGAAGAGUGCACAUCUGAUGAGGGGUGGCAAGCGGCUGUUCCAAAGGGGCGAUCCACAGGGAGCCGCAGAACUGGUGCAGGCACGAGGAGGCCAAAUCUGGCAAAAAUUAAUACUAGUUCACUAAACAGUGAGAAUGGAAGAUACAAAGGAAGAGGUAUAUCUAACUUCUCUUCCCCUCGAGUUUCACCUAGUGAGGCUGCAGUUUCUAUUGGUUCUAGACCUCUUGCAAAGAAAUUGGCUAAGAGUUCAAGCUUCAAUUCCAAAGCAGUUAGCACUGCCGUCUCAUCGAAUACUGGUGAGAAUUCUUUCAAUCUCAACUCCAAGCCAGCAAGCCCUGCCAUUGCCACAGCUGCUGCCAAGGUGAUACCAUCCACAACACCAAGUGCUAGUCAAACAGUAAGGAAGUCACUUUCAUACAAGGAGGUAGCAAUAGCUGCACCAGGGACUCUUGCCAAAGCAUCGAGUGAUGUACACACAGAAGAAAAAGAUACAGGUGACCAAGGUGCAAGUCCUGAAAGUUCUAAUUCUAAGUCUCCAAAAGAAAUCAAUGGUCACCCUUCUGGGGAGAAAGAUGGGGCAAUAGAAGUGUCGCCACAGGAUGAUACUUCACAGGUAUCUAAAUCACCUGAUGGAGGUAAACCUGAGCAAACUGAUGUUUUGAUUGGUUCAAAUCAACCAGAUACAGUACAUAAAAAAUCCUCAGAUCCAGCAGAGACAUCUGUAGCAAAGGACAUAGAUCUUCCGGCCCCGGUCAUAUCAUCUGGAACACAAACUGAGGCUGACACCCCAAAUGAUGAAGCACCAACUGCAAUUGAGGCAAAUGAUUCUUCCUCCAAUGACGAUGAAAGAGAUUCAGGAGCAGAUACACCAGAACAACUGUCUAGUGGAGGUGAAAAUGAGAAAUCUUCACUAUCUGAGAGUGAAAAGAAUGAUACACCAAGAGAAGGUGCUAAAGAGACAACAAGUAAACUUUCUGCUGCUGCGGCUCCAUUCAAUCCAUCCAGCGUACCAGCUUUUGGUUCAAUGGCUGUCCCAGGUUUCAGAGAACAUGGAGGGCUAUUGCCAUCACCAGCCAAUGUGCCCCCUAUGCUGUCCAUUCCUCUCCGCAAGCACCCUCACCAAUCUGCAACUGCAAGGGUACCUUAUGGUCCACGUCUGGCUGGAGGCUACAAUAGAUCAGGGCACCGAGGACUUCGUAAGAAGCCUGUGUUGACAAGUGGUGAAGCCCCUACAGAAACAAACACGUCUGGCCCCAGGAUUAUGAACCCUAACGCCCCAGAGUUUGUUCCAGGUCAAUCUCGGAGUCCUAAUGGGCAUCCAGCAUCUCCAAAUGGUCCUUUAGCAUCUCCAGGUGGUAUUCCAUCUUCACCACAGGACCUUCUAUCCUCUCCAGAUAGUACCUUGGAGUCACCAGUAACUGCAUCCCCACAAGUUUCUGAAUGUAGCCAGAUUAGUCCUGAAGGAGAUGUUGAGGGUGUGGGUGUAAAGCAGAACAUGGAUGACACGAACCACCCAGAAAGUAAAGAUGGUGAAGUGGAGCCUGAGCAAACCAAAGCUCCUGAAGGUACAGAAGAAGGCGCAGCGGUAAAAGAUGCUGCUGAAGAGUUGAUUGCAGCCGAGCAGCCCAAAUCCUGGGCUGACUACAGCGAUGGAGAGGUUGAGGUCGUUGAGGUUGCAAGCUAAUGAAAAUACGACCUUCUCAGAUAGCCAACACAGAGUGGAAUUUUUAUUUCUCGAACAGAUGAGCAUUUCUCCUUCUCAAUAGAUGGUGCAUUUUUUUACAGUGCGGGCUUCUCCCGCUGUAUUUUCUGCUAAAGAAAAGAUGCUGCUUUUUUGGGGAUAGACUGAAUUGCCUUCCAGUGGCAUUCAAUGACCUUUGGGACUUGAAAUUUUGAAGACUUUCCAGAAUGUGUCAGCCUUUGGGAUUUGGCAUUUCUUCAUCUAUUUUUUUGCUGCGAAGAAUUUUGGGGAAUAAGAGCACCUCAAAGUAUCAGCAGGGGAGAUACGGCGUUAACAUUUCAUCAUUUCCCCAUCUUGCUCCUGAUUUCCCCCCCUUGGUGAAUGUACUGUCGACUUAACGUCUUUCAUAGUUAUUUCUUUGUUACAAUAAAUAGACUUUUUGAACCAUGUAUAAAAUAUAAAGCAAGAGAUUUUAUCUUUCCACACUUGCGGUUAAUCCGAGCUUGUAUAGCAUCGAAAAUUCGAGAUCGAACUAAAGAAAGCUUCCUAUUGAAUUUCGCUUUUAA